AUGAAUUACAACAGAUUUCUGAAUGUUACCAGUUUAUCAAGAAAGCCUUCACCAAUAAGAGUGCUUACUGGUAUUUUGCAACAAGCUCCUCCUUCUACUAUCAGUAUGGCAGGUGGCAGACCAAAUCCUAGUCUCUUUCCUAUUAAUGGUGUUUCUAUAUCUUUAAGUAAUGGUACCAAAUUAGACAUUGAACCCAAUCUUGUACAGAAAGCUUUACAGUAUUCAGCAACUCCUGGUUUAAGUGAAAUGUUAGAUUGGAUAAAGAUGUUACAGAAAAAUAUCCACAAUCCACCAACAUUAACUAGUACAGAUGAAAACCAGAAACUGGACAUGUUAGUCAUACCAGGUAGCCAAGAUGGCCUUUGUAAGGCAUUUGAAGCAAUGAUAAGUAAAAAAGAUAAUGUUUUAAUUGAAAUUCCCAGUUAUUCAGGUACCUUGGCUAUAGUCAAGCCUAUUGGGUCAUAUUAUAUUGGUGUUGAUUCAGAUGAGCAUGGACUUAUACCAGGGAAAUUAAAAGAAGCUUUAUCAAAAUGGAGUCCUGAAGAGUCUAAAAAUCCUAAUAGUGAUAUACCAAAACUAUUAUAUUGUAUACCAAAUGGAGGAAAUCCAACUGGUCACAGUUUAACAUUACAGAGAAAAGAAGAAAUCUAUAGAAUUUGUCAAGAUUAUGAUUUAUUUCUUAUUGAAGAUGAUCCUUAUUAUUAUUUACAAUAUGAUCAGCCAUAUAUUCCCAGUUUCCUCUCCAUGGAUGUAGAUGGAAGAGUUUUAAGAUUUGAUUCUUUUUCAAAAUUAUUGUCAUCUGGGAUGAGAGUUGGUGUAGUCACUGGUCCUAAAGCAAUUGUUAAUAGAAUAGCUUUACAUAUGCAAGCUUCUGUUAUGCACACAAGUGGAAUAUCUCAGGUAUUAAUGUUUAAAGUAUUAGAAAAUAUGGGACUAGAAGGAUUUAAAGAUCAUGUAAAAACUGUAGCUAACUUUUAUAAAAGUCAAAGAGAUGCUUGUAUAAAGGCUGCAAAUAAACAUUUAACAGGUUUGGUAGAAUGGAAUGUUCCAAACAGUGGAAUGUUUUUAUGGAUGAAACUAAUGGGAGUAUCUGACAGUUUUCAACUGAUAACAGAGAAAGCCAGAGAAAAGGAGGUGCUGUUUGUACCAGGAAAUGCUUUCAUGUUAGAUUCCGAAAAACCCUGUCCUUAUGUACGAGCUUCAUUCUCGGAAAGUUCACCAGAGGAUAUGGACAAGGCUUUUCAACGUUUAGCAGAAGUUUUGAUAGAAGCCAAGAACAACUGAUAAAAUAUUAUUAUAUCAAAUCAAACUAACCUACCAUACUACCUAUAUAUAGAACAGAAGAAAGCCCACAUCUACUUGACUGCUGUUCCAAAAAAUUGUGUCACUUACACAUGGACUGAUAUUAUUACAAAAAAGGGACGCUUAUGACAAAAAAUACAAACAAAAAUAUAUUUAUGACAACUGAAAAUCCCCACCUGUGAGUGUUGUCUGAAAAAACCCGUCCCAUCCCCCCAGAGCAUGCCCAUUUUCAAAUAAUCAUUAUUUGCAUAAUUCGUGUUCAGCUUUAAGAAGCAAACCUAUUUUCACAUUUUCAGAAAGAAUGUCCGCCAGCUACCAGGAUAUAAAGAGCAGCUGUAGCUGAUUGAUUUCAUUUUAUAGUUUUUAUUAAUUCUACCAACUGCAAGAUUACUUUUCUUCCC